AUGGCAGACAACUCGGAAAGCAGCGGCUCCGUUCACCGCCGGUGUUUGAGCCAUUCUUCGGCGGAGAGAAGCCCCCCGCCCGGUUCGGGCUCGUCCAAAUGGAUUCGGUUAAACGUCGGCGGGACCUAUUUUUUAACAACUAGACAGACGUUAUGUCGAGAUCCCAAAUCGUUUCUUUACAGGCUGAGCCAAGCGGACCCGGAGCUCGAUUCCGACAAGGAUGAAACUGGUGCCUAUCUCAUCGACAGAGACCCGACUUACUUCGGGCCGGUUCUGAACUACUUGAGGCACGGCAAACUGGUGCUUAACCGGGAUUUAGCAGAGGAAGGUGUCCUGGAAGAAGCCGAAUUUUACAAUAUCACAUCAUUAAUAAAGCUGAUUAAGGACAAGAUCAGGGAAAGGGACUGUAAGACAUCGCAGGUUCCAGUCAAGCAUGUAUACCGAGUGCUUCAGUGCCAGGAGGAAGAACUAACCCAGAUGGUGUCCACCAUGUCCGACGGCUGGAAGUUCGAACAGCUGGUCAGCAUCGGCUCGUCUUACAACUACGGCAACGAAGAUCAAGCCGAGUUCCUGUGCGUGGUGUCCAAGGAGCUCCACAAUCAAUCGUACGGGACAAACAGCGAGCCCAGCGAGAAGGCCAAGAUUCUUCAGGAGCGGGGUUCUCGCAUGUGA